ACCUUCGCUCCCUCCAACAUAACCGCCCUCUCUCUCUAUAUCCAUCUCUCUCAUCUCUCUUCAAUCUCUCCUCAAUUUUCAUUUCUCCUAUAGAGUGUUUGCAAAUGGGAGAUUCAAUCUCUUUGGACGACGUUUCAAUGGCCAAGGAGAAGAUUAAUUCCGUCCAAAACGACGACGUCGCUGCCCCUGCCGAGGGGGAGAGGAGUCAGAGUACUGAGGAAGCCGCAACUGAUCGUGGAGAAAUAUCGGAUACGGUUGAUAACUUGGACUCCGAUUCUCACGCAGCGGAUGAGAAUUCGGCUUCUGAUGAUUGUAAGGAGGUUUGUUCUGAGGAAGCGAACGGAGCCGGAGCCGUUCUGAAGAUGAUUGUACCGCAUUCGCAGCUGCCGCAGCCGGAGGCGCCGGCGGGAGUGGCUGCGCCGGUGUCGCCUAGGGACCUGGAACGGUCUAAGUCGAUGCCGGAGAGUUUCGACGUGCCGGCGAUUGGGAAGUUCUUUCGGGAGAAGAGUAACAGCUUAUCGGAGGCCAUCACUAGGCGGAUAUCGUCUUUGAGGGAAUCGCCUGAGGACGAGAAGGCCAAGUCCGAUUUCAAAGUGACGGAAUUCAACCUGUCCGGCCUCAAAGUGAUCGUCAACUUGAAGCCGGAGGAUGAACAGGGGACGCGGCGGCUCCUCGGAAGAGUGGCCUUCUUCUCGCGAUCCAAUUGCCGAGACUGCACUGCCGUCCGGUUGUUCCUGCGCGAGAGAAGGCUCAAUUUCGUGGAAAUCAACGUCGACGUGUAUCCGGAGAAAGAGAAGGAAUUAGUACAGAGGACGGGGAGUGCAACUGUGCCGCAGAUUUUCCUCAACGAGAAGUUGCUGGGAGGACUCGUGGCUUUGAAUUCGCUACGGAACAGUGGAAUGCUGGAGAAGAAACUGGCGGAAAUGUUGUCCGGGAAGUGUCCGGAUGAUGCGCCGUCGCCGCCCGUCUACGGAUUCGAUGAACCAGAGAACCGGAGGGACGAGAUGGCGGAGAUUAUGAGAGUGGUGAGGCAAAAGCUGCCGAUUCAGGACCGGUUAAUGAGGAUGAAGAUAGUGAAGAAUUGCUUCGCCGGCGGUGAACUCGUUGAGGUUUUGAUACACCACCUGGACUGCGGACGCCGCAAGGCUGUUGAAAUUGGUAAGCAGCUAGCAAGAAAGCAUUUCAUUCAUCAUGUGUUUGGGGAAAACGAAUUUGAGGACGGAAACCACCAUUUCUAUCGCUUCCUUGAACAUGAGCCCUUCAUUCCCAAAUGUUACAAUUUCCGAGGAUCCACAAAUGAUAAUGAGCCCAAAACUUGUGCUGCUCUUGGUCUCAGGCUUUCUAAAAUAAUGUCUGCAAUACUUGAGACUUAUGCCUCUGAAGACAGGCGCCAUCUUGAUUAUAUGGGAAUUAGCAACAGUGAAGAAUUUAGGAGGUAUAUAAGUUUGGCUCAAGAUCUGCAGAGAGUGAAUAUUGAGACACUUUCAGCAAAUGAAUUAUUAGCCUUCUUUCUCAACUUGUACAACGCCAUGGCCAUUCAUGCCGUGAUCAGGGUUGGGCAUCCCGGGGGCAUGCUUGACCGGAGGCCCUUCUUUGCCGACUUCCAGUACAUAGUUGGGGGCUAUCCAUAUUCCCUCUCUGCAAUCAAAGAUGGGAUUCUUAGAAACAACAAAAGAGCACCUUUUUCCUUCACCAAACCUUUUGGCAGUGGAGAUAAGCGUUUAGAGAUGGCAUUUCCAAAACUAAAUCCGUUGAUCCAUUUCGGGGUGUGCAAUGCAACACGGUCAAGCCCUGCUGCCAAGUUUUUCACUCCUCACAAUGUGGAGUCUGAGCUAAGAUAUGCCGCCAGGGAGUUUUUCCAGAGAGAUGAUGCAAUGCAGGUAGACCUGAGCAAGAGGAUUGUGUACCUUAACCGGACAAUUAAGUGGUAUAGCUCCGAUUUUGGACAGCAAAAGGAAAUCUUGAAGUGGGUAUUAAGUUACUUGGAUGCAACAAAGGCAGGCCUUCUCACACAUCUCUUGGGUGAUGGUGGCCAAGUCAACGUUGUUUAUCAGAAUUUUGAUUGGUCUCUCAACUCCUAAGCCGCUUUAGGGGAAGGCUUCAGAGAGUUGCCUUUUUUCUUUUUCUGCUUUUUUUGAGUGUUUUGAUUAUCCCAGAAAUUGGUAUAAAGUAAAACAAACUCCUCCAUAUAGGAGGUCAAAAUUUUUGUACAGUAUACAACACAAACUUUCUGGGUAGUGGAUUUAAGCCAAGAAAAGUUUUUUUUUUUUUUUUUUUUGGAAUGUAUCUUUGUUACAGUGUCCCAAGUGUGUGCUCUCUUC